AGCUAGUGGCCAACUCCCGAAGUUAUCAGUGUUCCUCUUUGGCGAGACCGCUACCCUAACGUAUCGCUCAUCACCGGAUUCUUCGUCGUCUGCGUCGCUCUCUACGUAUACAUACCGGCGUCUGAGAGUGAUCGGUGCAUGCGGCGAAGGAUCAUGGGAAACGGUGAGGCUAUGGCGUCCAAGGAGGUAUUACUGAAAGUGCUGCUGGAUGAACUGGUGGACCCUCACUUGCCAGUUUGCAUUCCUAGCGGAACUCCACCUAUCGAUAAGCAGCGCAGCGUUGCCAAACAGCUGCACUGUAUUGUGUUGCUUUACAACUACUAUCACCGCAAACAAUAUCCUCAAGCGGAAUAUUUGGAUUUCAAGUCAUUUUGCGAGUUGGUUGUAACUUUAAAGCCAGUUUUAGCAUGGCAUAUGAACUGCAAAAAGUCUCAAUCAGAUUCUGUGGAAUUGAAUGACUCUGAGAAUCAGUUUUCUAUAACAGAAAAAGCAAUCCAAGGUGCAUGCAACUUAUCUUCCAUGCUAGAUGCAUCCAAAGCUAAUCCUGUUAUGGAAGGAUGGGAAAUUUCAAAAGUUUCGGUUCUAUUACUGGACUCCAAGAAGGAGAAUUGCUUUCUGAGGUUUGGUUCUGUUAAUGAUGGGGUAUGGUCUGUUCUCGAAAAAGACCUUGAGAACUCCACCAGUGAGAGAAAACACAUGAAUAAAAGAAGGCGAAUUGGUAUGAAAUCGUUACCAAGUGAACCAAAAACUAAUGACUCUAGCUUGCAGCAGCUUGCAUUUUUGGCAGUUCAGGAUGCAACAGGUAUUAGACGAUCCGACCUUAAGGUUUUGGAGAAGCGUGUUGUAUAUUCUUUAAGUAAAGCAAAGACAACUGCCUGCUUUUACAUAAUUCAAUGCAGUCAAUCGGCAAGUCAAGAUUUUCAAAUUCCUAUUAAAGAUGCUAUUAAGAGUUUGCAGGGUCCACUAGUAGAGAAUAGUUCUGGUUGUUGGUUUACUACUCCAGUUGUUGAGUAUUUUCAUCUGCUUCCUUACGCCACUAUCUUAUCAGAUUGGAUUUUGAGGGAUACAAGUCCAAGUAGCUUGCAUAGUUCAAUUUCGAGAAGCCCUAAGGAUGCAGAAACCACUUCAGUAUCUGAACUUUCAGGGAAUGAAAUUGCAUCUUCGAAGAUGGGAGAUACAAGCAUCAAGACCUUGGGUUGCUUGGAAAACCAUUGCAACAAUAUAGUUAGUGAAAUAAAUGAGAACUCUGACAGGAGUACCAAUUCUGCAAAAUCUAGUGGCAACGAGGUAGGAAAUGAAAUUGCAUCUUUGAGGAUGGGAGAUACAAGCAUCAAGACAUUGGUUCGGGUUUCUGAAAUAAAUGAGAACUCUGACAGGAGUACCAAUUCUGCAAAAUCUAGUGGCAAAGAGGUAGGGAAUGAAAUUGCAUCUUUGGACAUGGGAGAUACAAGCAUCAAGAUUUUGGAUUGCUUGGAUAAUCACUGCAACAAUGUGGUUAGUGAAACAAAUGAGAACUCUGACAGGAGUGCCAAUGCUGCAAAAUCUUGUGGCAAAGAGGUAGGUGCUAGUGCUAGCUCUCAGAGGAUAGGCAAAAAGAAGACAGUGGACGAAAGGGAGAGCUUUAACAAUAACCAUUGCAACUCUAAUUUUAUUAGUAAAGAUACAAGCAGUCUCAAUCAGGAGGUUCGGGAAGCUUUCAAAUAUAAAAGUAUUGAUGGUGACUGUGAAUCAAUCAGCGAAUGUGCAGAAUUUAGGGUUGAAGAGGCAAAAGCUAUCAAAGACAUAGUGAAAGAAGUUGCUGAUUUUAACAAUUCCUACAAAAGCUCUCAUGGAACAUCUUUUACUGGAAAUGAGUUAGAUAAUGCCAGCGUGGCAUCUCAAGAGCUUGAAAAAAUAUAUCACGGCCAAACUAAAGAUACAACAGAUUUUGGAGCCAAUGAAACAGAGCUAGCUUGCAAAGUAAUCUUUUCAGCUUCUGAUGGAAAAUCAUCAACGCAGACUGUACCAGGACGUCUUUACAAGAAUGAAGAGAUACUGUGUACUAAGCAUCGCCAUAUUCAAGACAAGAAAGCAUCCUGUGACAAAAGUAUCCAUGGAAUCUUAGAUGGCAGCAGGAAAGAUAAUGAGGGGCUAGAAGGAAAAGUAAUCAAACAAUUAUGUGAUGAAAUAUGCUUUAAGCGAACUCAUACCCAAGAAGUACAGAAAUUGGGAAGUGUUGCCCUCUCCUUGCGACCUGCAUGUCAGGACUUAGAUGUUAUAUGUCGUGCAAAUAACUGGAGGCUUCCAACAUAUAUUAUUUCCGGAACACAUGGUGGUUUCCGUAUUAAAGUUGUGAUGCAAGAGGGGAGUUUUAAGUGUUCUUGUGAAGGUGAUAUGCAUUCAGAUUCGUUAGAAGCAAAGGAGUCAGCUGCAGCUAAGAUGGUUUCCAGGUUGCGGGCAAUGGCAGACCAGAUCCAUCAGAGCUUGAGCUAACGAGUAUCACAUAUGUGCUAGAUGCCGGAUUCUCUUUUGAGCCAACCAUGAUUUUAUGGUAUAUACUCGCUGGGUACUUUUGAUUAUAUAAUACGGGAGCAUAUAGCAACGAAGAUGUUUGAUUCAUAGAGAUGUGUGCUUUUUCUGACGUUUAUUUAUGCAUUACAAACUCGAACAGUCAUUUUGUUCUCAUUUCAAUUUUGGGAGGUGCUAAAAUAUACUUCUGCUUCUCAGCUA